CAAUUCAAUUUAAAACUUUAUUACAGUUUCCACAAAAUAGCACACGUAUAAAACAAAAUAUAGGGGUUUUCGGAAACUAUGAUCGGGUUAAGCCGAUCAUGAAUGUUUCGGAGAGUAUUCCGGAUUCGUUCACUGUCAUUCGGAAAAUGAAUGAAGCAAUCGGGAUUUCUUUUGGAUAAAAGGCCAUUAUAAUAAAAAAGAAGAAAGUUCGAAUUAACCAUAUGAGUCAUGUUUAAUUUGGUAUGAAAUAUAAUAAAAACUAACUGGAUUGAAAGGUGUUUCCCAAGUAUUUGAUCUACAAGAUUAAUUUUUUUUUAAAAUGGAGUGGUUAUUUGGUAAGAAAGUUACCCCCGAAGAAUUAUUACGUAAAAAUCAAAGGGCAUUGAAUAAAGCUAUGAGAGAUUUAGAUCGAGAAAAACAGAAAAUGGAACAGCAAGAAAAAAAAGUUAUAAUUGAUAUUAAAAAAUUAGCUAAAGAAGGCCAAAUGGACGCUGUAAAAAUAAUGGCUAAAGAUUUGGUUAGAACUAGGAGAUAUGUAAAGAAAUUUAUGUUAAUGAAAGCAAAUAUCCAAGCAGUAUCAUUAAAAAUACAAACCCUUAGAUCGCAAAAUGCUAUGGCACAAGCAAUGAAAGGCGUUACUAAAGCUAUGCAGAGUAUGAAUAAACAACUUAAUUUACCCCAAAUACAAAGAAUAUUACAAGAAUUUGAAAAACAAUCUGAAAUUAUGGAUAUGAAGGAAGAAGUUAUGAAUGAUGCUAUUGAUGAUGCAAUGGAAGGAGAUGAUGAUGAAGAAGAAAGUGAUGCAAUUGUAAACCAAGUUUUGGAUGAGCUGGGUCUUCAAUUGGGUGAUACCCUUUCUGGUUUACCUCAAACUGGUGGAAGUCUACCAGCUACUGGACAAAAACAGCCGUCAGCCGCAGCAGUUAUUGCAGGUGGUUCUAAUGGAGGGAGUGGAACAAGUGGAAAUAAUAAUUCAAACAAUGGCGGUUCAGGUGGUGGUGGGCUUUCAGAUGCUGAUGCUGACCUGCAGGCAAGAUUAGAUAAUCUACGUAGGGAAUAAAAACAGUACUUUUAUAAUUUAUUGGCCGCUUCUUUUGAAUAUCCUGUUUGAUAAACAAACAUAUAUUUGUAAAUAUUUAGAUUUAAACAUUUUGUUACUUCGUAUGUCCCUUAAUACAAAAGUCUCUGGGCCAGAACAGUACUUGUUUAUCAAGAAAAAUGAUAAAAUAUGAGUAGACCAAUAAUUUUGAAAAAUCUGAAAGAUUUAAAGAAUAAUCACCUCUAUAUUUAACACUUAUUUAAAUUUAACCAGGGAUAAUUUCCAACAGAAUAUUGUUAGAUUAACAUAUAAUAUUGGUCACUCAUUUACUUGGUAUGAUUUUUUUAUUGUCUCUAAAAUAGCAGGAAAAUAUGGUUUGGAAUAAUUGGGUUUGUGAAGUUUGCACAAGCUACGUUUUAAAAAUUCUUGUAAAUAUCAGGUUUUAUAUUUGAAAAAGUAAAGCUGAGGUCACAUAUGAAUAAUUCACAUCAAUUAGGAAAUACGAAUUUGAAACAACAUAAAAAUUUGGAAGGAAGAGUUACAAUACAUAUUUCAAUCAUAAACUUAUUUUGUAUUUAAAGAGAUUUAAGAUAAAAGUCGACGAAAUUAACUGAAUAAAUUGAUAAUUGAUAUCAAGUUAACAGUUAUUUAUUAGAAUUUUUAUUAUAUAGUCGUUCUAGGCCAAAUUUGGUGAAUAUCUCGGAAAAUCGACAUUGCAGUUGCACAAUCACUUUUUCAGUUACAGAAUAUAGUAUUGAGUAAUUCAUCUGAUGCAGGUGGUAAAAUAAUCAUGAUAGGACAGUUUUCUUACAGUAUACCGGAUGAAAAAAUGUUUAGUUAAAAUACUUUAGACAUGAGGGUAUUACAAACUCGAUUAAUAAGUAAAAUUUUCAAAAAUAAAAUGGAAUGAUAAUUAAAUAAGAAAUAUUAGAAAAUUUACAUUUUUAAACAAUACACAUAAAACAUUUUAACCAUCACUGGGUUUGAGUUGUUUAUAACUUAAAUAUAUAUUUAUCCAGAAGCCAGAAUUGAUAUAUUUUUUAGAAUGAAUUAUAAUCAAAAACAAAUUUUUGAGGCAGUGGGGCUUUAUUUUCUAAUAUUUGUAGGUAAUGUGAAAAGUCGAUUAAACGAUUUUUAAUUUGCCAUGGGCUAAACCAUCACUGAAUAAGUCGUGUUACUAAAUAAGAAAACAUUUUUUUUGUCAAAAAUCGAUUUCAUUCAUUAAUGUAAUCUCCUUCAAGACCAACUUCUCUAACUUCUCGAUGCCAUGCUUGUCGAAGUAUUUGUCUUUUGUCUCAAAAUAGACUUAGUUUCAGCAAUUGCUUCUUCAUUGCAGCACAAUUAUCCUUAAAAUCAAAAGAAAACCAUUCAUAUUAUCUAUUUUAACUUUAGAAUUAGAGAUGCAUCUUCUUGAGUGAUCUACAUGUGUUUAUAGUUGGCCAAAUUUUUAUAUAAAAUACUUUGAUAUACUUGUAUGUUUCUGAUUUACAGAGAUUUUUGAAUUUCAAACUGUAUAGUAGUUUACAAAAUUUAUAUAUUUUAAAGUAUAUAGCUUAUUCACAUUUCUGUCAGAUCUUUUUACAUAAUUUUAAUUUUGCAAAAAAAAAAUAAAUUGAAUAAAACAAA